AAGAAGAAGAAGGGACACAUGUCUUUGAAACAUAACCUUUUAUUUGUGUUGUAAUUUUUACUUAAUUUGAAUCUUAAUUUUCUCAAAAUUACUUGAAAAUGUCGUGGAUAUUUGGUUACGGUAAAAGUAAAGAUCAAACUCCUGAUUUAUCUCAAUUAGGCUUGGGAGCCCCUUCUGGAGCUGGCGGUUCCGGUGGAGAUGACAAGGAACCUCCAAAUUUGACUAAGGCUGAACGAAGAGCGAUGGAGGCCUACAGGUUCGAUUCUACUGCAUUAGAACGAGCUGCUCAGGCGGCAAAGGAACUGGAGAAAUCAAAACAUGCAAAAGAAGCUUUAGAAUUAUCUAAAUUGCAAGAAACCACUCGUCAGGUAGAACAGCAAGCCAAAAUUAAGGAAUAUGAAGCACAUAUUGCUCAAAUGCAAAUUGAAAGUAAGAGAGCUGAAGCUGAAGAAAAAAGAAAACUCUUACAAGAAGAAACGAGACAACAUCAAACUAGAGCCCAAUAUCAAGAUCAAUUGGCAAGAAAGAGGUAUGAUGAUCAGUUAUUGCAGCAGCAGAGAAUGAAUGAUGAAAACCUAAGAAGGCAAGAAGAAUCUGUAGCAAAACAAGAAGCAAUGAGGAAAGCUACGAUUGAACACGAGAUGGAGCUAAGACACAAAAACGAGAUGAAGAAAGUUGAAGCAGAAUUGAAAGCCAAAGCAAAGAUUGAUAGAGAAAAUAGAGAUUUAACUCUAGAACAAAUCAGACUUAAAGCUGAACAAAAUCGAAUCACUGUUUUGGAGAGUAUAAAGACUGCUGGUUCAGUUAUAGGAACAGGAGCACAAACCCUUCUUACAGAUUGGAACAAAGUCCUUACAGCUGCUGGAGGCUUAUCUCUAGUUGCCCUAGGUAUCUACUCUGCCAAAGGAGCUACAAGUAUUACUGCUAGAUACAUAGAAUCUAGAUUAGGCAAGCCUUCAUUGGUAAGAGAGACUUCAAGAUUUUCUGUAUUGGAAGGUCUAAAACAUCCCAUUAAGACUUUGAAGAGUUGGAAAAAUACAGGGGAAGAUGCUUUAUCUGGUAUAGUUCUGGCACCAAAAUUGGAAGGUAGAUUGCGAGAUGUAGCUAUAGCUACAAAGAACACUAAACAAAAUAAAGGACUUUACAGAAAUAUUUUGAUGCAUGGACCACCUGGGACAGGAAAAACUAUGUUUGCAAAGAAACUUGCCAAACACUCUGGAAUGGAUUAUGCUAUAUUAACAGGUGGAGAUAUCGCUCCAAUGGGAAGAGAUGGAGUUACAGCCAUUCACAAAGUAUUCGACUGGGCAAAUAGCACCAGAAAAGGUCUUAUACUUUUUGUCGAUGAAGCUGACGCGUUUUUACGUAAACGUUCUUCCGAAAAUAUUUCAGAAGAUCUUAGAGCUACACUUAAUGCAUUCUUAUACCGUACAGGAGAACAGAGUGGAAAAUUCAUGUUAGUUUUAGCUUCAAAUACGCCCGAACAGUUCGAUUGGGCUGUUAACGAUCGUUUAGAUGAAAUGGUCGAGUUUGAUUUACCCGGUUUGGAGGAAAGAGAACGUCUCAUUAGAUUAUAUUUCCAGAAAUUUGUUUUGGAACCAGCUACUGAAGGAAUUAGACGCUUGAAAGUAGAUAACUUCGACUACAGUGCUUUAUGUAGUAAAAUGGCUCGAAUGACAGAAGGUAUGUCAGGUAGGGAGAUAGCUAAACUUGGUGUAGCUUGGCAGGCAGCAGCGUAUUCAUCAGAAGACGGAGUACUAACAGAAAAAAUGGUCAUUGAUAAAGUCAAGGAUCAUGCCAGACAGCACCGACAAAAGGUUGAAUGGCAAUCGGAGCAAGAGAGGAGGGAAUCAAAAAGUAUAUACCAUUCUGAAAAGGAGGAUUCUUACAUCCCAGCUGGUCUCAAAGCUAUUGAAGAUACUGCAACAGUAGAUCCAAAUCCCAUUAAAGUUAAAAUAGAAAGUACAACUAAAGACGAUUCAAUAAAAGUAGAUAUCAAUAAAGUAACCGCCAAAGAGGAAGAUACCAUUCCAACAAAUACCAAACCAAAUGAAAGAUAGGUGUACUAAAUCGUAGAUUUUAAUAGUAAACAACGUUAGGUUAAAGUCAAACGGUACUCUUGAUUCUUUUAUCGUUUACUUUGGACCUAGUCAAGGAAUCGAAAUUUAAGUAAGGAAAUGGUUCAGCAUGGAUGAAUUAUUUGAUUUUGGUGAACUGUUUAAUUAAUUAUAAAGUCAAUCUUUUUUUACAGUUAAUUUUAUGCAUAUUCAAAAUUAUUUUUCAUAGGAAAUAAGUGUCAUAUUUCUCUAUCAAAAAAAUUUAAGUACUCGACUGUACUUAACUAUUUUCGUUUCUUAUAACAUCUUGAUAUUGUCACACCGACCUGUUAGUACAAUCGAAAGUUUCAUGAGGAAUAUAUAGGAAUAUUUCUUAUUCCUAUUUUGCUGAAAUAUAAACUGCUUUCAUCGGUUUUAUUAUUUAUUAAAAUACGAGCUGCAUUUAUUCUACACUAUUUUGACUGCUCUCGAACAUAAUUUUUAUAUUUAUUUUUUAAUUAAUGCGAAAAAAUAUGAAUUGUGAUAUUUUGAAUGCCACUUAGAGGAAAUUUUACUAUUUUCCUGCGUUCAGAUGUAUUUGAUAUUUUGUUAACUGUUGUUGAAAAAACAAGGACGUUUUUAUAGAAAAAAUUAAAAGUUCCAUGUUAAAUGUCUUUUUUUAGAACCUCGGUAAAAUCUCAAUUAAUAUUAUUGUCCAAUAUACCUACCAUUUCAUUGACAUGUGUGGAGACAUUGGCUAAACAACUUUCUUGGAUUGAUAUUUAAAUAGCUACUUCCUAGCUAUCCAAUGUAACUAAAGAAGUAUGUUUCAAAGUGACAAACGGUAUGUUUGUCACUUGUCACAAAAGUAUGUUGACAAACGGUUCCAAUUUUUUUAUUAUCUUUGGCAUAUAGAUUGUGAUAUUAUAUUUAAAUAUUUCCCUAAUGAAGCAUCUCAAGAAAUAGAUAAUAGACUGAAUACUCCAUGUCAAAUGAGUUUACCUACUGAUAAAAAGAAUUAAAAAACGAAAUCACUUCUGACAAAGUACCAAGAUUCGACCUGAUAACGAACAUAGUGCAACAAAAAUUGUCAUUGAGAGUCAAUAGAGCUGUAACACGAAUAUUCAAUGCAAUAAUUAUAACUGGAUACUAUCUAAAGAAUGGUAAAUUUCCAAACCAGGUAAACUAAACCUGAUUCACAGGGUAGUAAAUAAUAUAAGCAGAAAUCUCGAGGAAAAAAAACUGUUCCGUAAUAUUUUUAGAUAUAUCACAAGCCUUUGAUAAGAUUUGGCAUCUUGGGCUAUUGUCUAAAUUAGAGAAAAAUCUGCCACAUGACAUGUUAAGUACUGAAGUCUUAUUUGAAGAACACUUUUUAAUUGAACACAAUUGAUGAAUGCACUGCACCAGACAGAAUUAAAAAUUGUCAAAAAAUAUGAGAUUAAAACAGUUUAUAUAAUCUUCACAAAUGGGAUAGAAAAUUGUACUGUAAAAUUUAACAAUAAAAAUACAAUUAAAUCACACAAA